GUAGACUGAUUUGAUACCAACACGUAGCAUUCAAGAUCAUUAGAAUGUAUAUUGUAAUAUAAAUGUUCCGUUGUUAUUCUGAACAUCUUUUGAAAAGCACCAAACACACAAGCACACGAUACUGUCUUUAAACUCCAUUCCCCACAAUUCACCGCGUCCACACCAACGCUUGCGCAUUAGCGGCGCGCAGCCUGUGAGCUUGUUUCAGUAGGUCCGGAUGGUGAACGGAUUGAACAACUGUACUAGCGCACUGUGUCUGUGCCAUCAUCAGGAAGAUUAAAUCUUACAUCUGGCUAUCAUGACCUGACUGACCUGCCGCCGUGCUUAAAACCAGACCACAGUCAGGAUGCGAACACACACUGGAGGGCCUCUCGUGCUGAAGUGUGUGCGUGUGUGUUGUCGUCGGGGGCGGUCGCGUGUGCCGCGCUGUGUGAGGAACGCGUGGUCGUACACACACCUCCUGGCGCGCUCGCUCUGCUACAACUCCCUCGCCAGCUGGGACACGGUCAACGAGUCGCUCUUUGAGCCCAUCUUCUGGACCGCCGACCGCCUCACACGAUGGUUUGGACGGGUGUUUGUGUGUCUGGUCAUCGUGCUGACCAGUUCGAUCAUCCUGAUUGCGUACUCGGUGAUGCUGCCGCUGGUGCUGUACACGUAUCCGCCCCACUGGAUCGCCUGGCACCUGGGCUUCGGGCACUGGAUCAUCGUCAUGAUCACCUUCCACUACUACAAGGCCGUGCGCACGCAGCCUGGACAACCACCCACGAUGAAGAAUGAUUUUCCUUUUGUGUCCAUUUGUAAGAAGUGUGUCAUCCCCAAACCAGCCAGGACACACCACUGUGGAAUCUGUAACACAUGCAUUCUCAAGAUGGAUCAUCACUGCCCGUGGUUGAAUAACUGUGUGGGCCACUUCAACCAUCGCUACUUCUUCUCCUUCUGCGUCGUCGUCACACUCGGCUGCAUGUACUGCAGCAUCAGUGGACGCAACCUCUUCAUCGAAUCAUACAACACCAUUGAGCACUUAAAAGCUUUGGAGGCGGAGAAACCCGGGGUUCCGGUGAAGGGUGUGGGACUUCUCAUCGGCAUCGUGCCUCCUGAGAGUUCAUCCAAGGCUACCCCCCCGACGUAUACCUUCAAGGACAAACUGCUGAACAAGAGUAUCAUCUACAUGUGGGUCCUCACCAGCACGGUGUCGGUAGCUCUGGGUGGCCUGACGCUGUGGCACGCUAUGCUGAUAUCUCGUGGGGAGACGAGCAUCGAGAGACACAUCAACAAGAAGGAGGUCAAACGACUCAGCAAGCGGGGCAAAGUCUACAAAAACCCCUACAAUUAUGGACGCCUGAACAACUGGAAGCUCUUCCUCGGCGUUGAGAAGAGAAGUCAUUGGGUGACGAGGGUUCUCUUGCCCUCUAGUCACCCCCCCUAUGGAGACGGCAUGACGUGGGACUUCCACCCCAAGAGGAAAGAAGCCCUGCCUGUGUGACACACACAUCCACCCACACACACACACACACACACACGCACACACGCACACACACACGCACGCACACACACACACACACACACACACACACACACACACAGUCCUGCACUAAGGGCUCUGAUUCCGUUCCGUUCAUCCUAAACCUCUGAGAUCCUCUCUGUGAUGUUGUCACGGUGACACACAGGCUGGUGGGACAGCAUGCUGCUUAGGGCCACUGGGCCAGCCACUCCUGCUCAGGCCGCCAUUUUGGAUCUACUACUACUGACUGGACCACCUGCCCCUGUACAGGCAGCCGUUUUGGAUCUACUACUGACUGAGCCUGACACACCUGCCCCUUUUCAGGCAGCCAUUUUGGAUCUACUACAGACUAGACCACCUGCCCCUCGCCAGGCAGCCAUUUUGGGUCCUUUAUCCAGUUGGGACUGCUAAGGGACAGUGGAAUUGUGGAGGACUUCCACAUGGCUGUACUGGAUUUGUGUCAUGUGUUUUUAACUUUAUUCAAACUAUUAAACGUCCUUUUUUACACAGUCACAAGGAGAUCAGUUGAUAUUUCACA